GAUGGCACCGUCUCCCCGGUGUGGACCAAGGAGAACAUGGACCUGCCGCCCGAUGUCCAGAGGUGGUGGAUGAUGCUUCAGCCACAGUUCAAGUCCCACAACACCCACGAGGUCCUGAGCAAGCUCUUCCAGAUUGUGCCGGGUGAAGAUCCCUACCGCUCCCACGACCCGCACCACUGCCGCCGCUGCGCCGUGGUUGGCAACUCGGGCAACCUGCGCGGCUCCGGUUACGGGCCAGAGAUCGACAGGCAUGACUUCAUCAUGCGGAUGAACCAGGCCCCCACGGUGGGUUUCGAGGACGAUGUGGGUGGUCGGACCACGCACCACUUCAUGUACCCCGAGAGUGCCAAGAACCUGCCCGCCAACGUCAGCUUUGUGCUGGUGCCCUUCAAAACCCUGGACCUGCUCUGGAUUGCCAGUGCCCUCUCCACCGGCCAGAUCAGGUUCACGUACGCACCUGUGAAGCCUUUUCUGCGGGUGGACAAAGAAAAGGUGCAGAUCUACAACCCUGCCUUCUUCAAGUACAUCCACGACCGCUGGACAGAGCACCACGGGCGCUACCCCUCCACCGGCAUGCUGGUGCUCUUCUUCGCCCUCCAUGUCUGCGACGAGGUGAACGUCUUCGGCUUUGGCGCUGACAGCCGGGGCAACUGGCACCACUACUGGGAGAACAACCGCUACGCUGGAGAGUUCAGGAAGACGGGGGUGCACGAUGCUGACUUUGAGGCGCACAUCAUUGACAUGCUGGCCAAAACCAGCAAA